GUAGAAAUUCGGGGAAUUUUUCGGAGCACCUGUCACUACAGCUGGGGGAGGGGGCCUGACAGUGCCUUUUGGAGCAGACAGUGGAUUAUAAUUCUAAUUGGAUAGAAUUUUGAAGCUUGAGAGGUUUUUGUUAUCGCCAAAUGAUGGGAACUCACGAGGAGGAUGAGGUCGAGGAGUUGCAGUCGACCGUUUACAGUUUUCCGGAGAGUGUCCAGAGUGUCAUUGAACAGGUUAUCAACGAUAUCAAAGUUCUCCCAAGCACAGACCCUCUGGACCAGCCCAACUUCAACGCCGUGGACUACAUCAACUCCCUCUUCCCCACGGAGCAGUCGCUCUCGAACAUCGACGAUGUGGUAAACGAAAUGGAGUACAAGAUCUGUUCCAUCGACAAAGAAAUUCGUUCAGUCGUUCGGGGGCAGACAAACGUGGGUCAGGACGGUAGGGCAGCCUUGGACGACGCCCAAAAGGUCAUCCGCCAGCUCUUCAUUCACAUUAAGGAUAUAAAGGACAAGGCGGAGCAGUCUGAGGAGACAGUGAAAGAGAUCACUCGGGACAUCAAACAACUGGACUUUGCAAAGAAAAAUCUCACGGCCUCCAUCACAUCUCUGAACAAACUCCAUGUCCUAGUGGGUGAGGUGGACAGCCUGAAGAGCCUGACUCAGAAGAAACAAUAUGGAGAAAUAGUCCUGAAGCUCCAAGCGAUCAUGGAGGUGAUGCAGUAUUUUAGCUCUUACAUGGAUAUUCCCCAGAUCAAGGAACUGUCCAGUGAGGUCCGUCAAAUUGAGAUAGAACUCGCUCAACAGAUCACCUCGGACUUCAAAGAGGCCUUCUCAGGUGGGGGUCAGAACCCUAAACACUUCACCCAGUUGACUGAGGGCUGCCUAGUCCUCUCAGUUCUGGACCCAAAGGUCAAGAAAGACCUCCUCACCUGGUUCGUGGGUAUUCAGCUCCAGGAGUAUGCCCACCUCUUUGAUGAGAACCAAGACAUCGCGUGGUUGGACAAAAUUGACAAGCGAUACACCUGGAUAAAGAAACACCUCAUGGACUUCGAGCAAAAAUUCGGGACGAUCUUCCCAGUGGACUGGGAGAUAUCCGAGAGAAUAGCUGUGCAGUUUUGCAACGUAACCCGAGAGGAUCUCUCCAAACUGAUGCAGAAGAGACGAUCAGAGAUCGACGUGAAAUUGCUGCUGUACGCGAUACAAAAAACAACGAAUUUCGAGAGUCUGUUGGCGCUUAGAUUUUCAGGGGUGACUUUGGAGGGUUCUGAUCCCCCGAAGAAGCCAGCACAAGUCGAGACUCGUGCAGAAGAGGUACCUGGAAAUCCCUUCGAAGAGGAAGAUACCGAGAAGAGUGAGGGUGAGAAGCCAGCAGUCACCCCCUUUGCUACUUUGGUGGGCCGAUGCUUCGAGCCUUAUCUAAACAUCUACAUAGAGAGUUUGGACAGGAAUCUUGCAGAUCUGAUGGAGAAAUUCGUGGCAGACUGCAAGAGUCAGCCUCCAGGUGCCAAGGACUUCGAUGGGAUCGAGGGACCCAGCAGUGUUCUGUCCUCAUGCGCUGAUCUUUUCGUUUUUUACAAGAAGUGCAUGCUCCAGUGUACCCAGCUCAGCACUGGUCCCAUCAUGUUGAGUCUCGCAGAGACCUUCCAGAAAUACCUGCGGGAGUACGCCCUCAAGCUGCUCCAGAACAACCUACCAAAGGUAGGAGGGACGAGCCUCGGAACCAGUAUGAGCAGCAUCACAAGGGAUUUCAGGGAUUUGUCCACUGCCGGGCUCAUUCAGAACUUUCAGAGCUUCUUGAAGGAGGGAGAGACUACCAGGUUCAGCAAGGAGGAGCAAGCGAGGAUCUGUUGCAUCCUGACGACAGCUGAGUACUGUUUGGAGACUACUCAACAGUUGGAGGAGAAGCUUAAGGAGAAGACGGAUAAAUCAUUUGCUGAUAAGAUAAAUUUGUCCCAGGAGCAGGACAUUUUUCACAAUGUCAUUUCAAAUUGCAUUCAAUUACUCGUGCAAGACCUGGAGGCCGGCUGUGAUGCUGCAUUGACAGCCAUGAUUAAGAUACAGUGGGGAGCGAUUGAGGGGGUUGGAGAUCAGAGCCCCUACGUCAGUACUAUUGUCGCUCACUUGAGACAGACCAUUCCAGCUAUCAGGGACAGACUGUCUUCCUGCAGGAAGUACUUCACGCAGUUGUGUGUGAAGUUUGUGAGUUCAUUUAUUCCUAAGUUAGUGCAGCAGCUGUACAGGUGCAAACCACUGAGUGCAGUUGGUGCAGAGCAGCUGCUGUUGGAUGUCCACAUGUUGAAGACCGCCCUACUGGAUCUGCCUUCGACUGGUUGUCAGGUAUCGAGAAAGGCGCCUGCUACUUACACCAAAGUCGUAGUCAAGGGGAUGGCUAAGGCUGAAAUGAUUCUCAAGGUCGUCAUGUCGACGACUGAGUGUCCUAAGGCAUUUACAGACCAGUGUAGGAGGCUGCUGCCGGAUUUGCAGGUCCAAGAGUUUCAGAAAAUUUUGGAUAUGAAAGGGCUGAGGAAGCAGGAGCAAGCUGCUCUCGUCGAGCAAUUCAGAAUUGGGGGGAGUGAGGUGGGGGAUAUUCAGGGACACUUUGUGAGGGAUAGCCCAGAACUAGAGGCGGGAAAAAUCAAGAGGCUGGAGAAGCUUAUCAAGAAGAGAAUGUAGAAUUCUGAUUUUUAGGGGAAACGUGAAGAUGAAUGAAUGUUUAAGGUGAAAGAUUGCUUUAUGAUGAAUCGUGUAAAUGAGCAAGUAUUGUAUAUAUGCAAUGAUCUACUCAAUCAAUCAAUUUUUGGAUGCAAUUUUAGCCGCAUUCUUCGAAUGAUUUUCAAUUCGCGAUAAAAAAUUUCGUGCUAGAAAAGUUGGACCAUAGUUAGCGAUUAUUAUAGUAGUAUGUUUUACAACUUUGCUACUGAAUUUUAUAAAUUAUCACUUUGAGAUAGGUUCCGUCUAUUUGUGAUUGUAUAUAUUGAAUUAAUUUCUUGUCGAAUCCACAACUGUUAUUUAUUGUUGGGUGAAGCACUGGAGAAUGAUUUUAAGUACUUGUCUUUUUGGUUUCAAAUAAAACACAAUGUUUAAAUUUU